GAGGACGUGAAUUACAUCCGGGGUCACAGGACUGCAGACAGCCUUGUUCACAGACGUAUGCAUCUUCAGACUCUCAUUUAAGAAUUAAGGAUAAUAAUUCCGCGUUCAUGAACUGAAUGUGAAUUUUCGGACUGACAAAUUGUUUGAAGACGAGGAAAAACCGCGGAGGCCCGCUGAGAUCUGCGCUCUGAGUGAUCAUGGCUGAUGAUCCUCAGAGGAACUUCCGCUCGGCGUAUUAUGAGAAAGUGGGCUUCAGAGGAGUUGAGGAGAAGAAGUCCCUCGAGAUCCUGCUGAAGGACAGUCCUCUGGACGUGGAGAAGUUGAGCACCUUCAGUCAGAGGUUUCCUCUGCCCUCCAUGUACCGGAUACACGUCUGGAAAGUCCUGCUGGGUAUCCUGCCGCCCCACACUGAUUCUCACGCCCUGGUGUCUCGCUAUCGUCUCCAGCAGUUUGAGGACGUCAGCGGCGCUCUGACAGCCAUGCGCUUCGUCCACGCAUCCACCCCUGUGACGGAGCUGUACCUGCGCAUGUACCAGCUGGAGAGCAGACAGCUUCCCCGCAGGAGCGAGCUCAGGCCGCCGAAUGACGAGGAUGAACACUUCCUGUCUAUCGGCAGAGCGAUGGAGGAGAUCGUGGAUGACCCGGUCGACUGCUAUUGGCUCAUCAGAUGCUUCAUCAACCAGUUCAAGCUCAAGUUUGGAGACUCCAUCCCUCACCUGCCGAAGAGUUUGGAGCACUUCCUGUCUCAGGAGGAUGCUGCUCUGCUGGCUCAUCUGAAGACGUCUGGAGCGCUGCACUCGCUGCCGUACUGUCUCUGGUUCAGACGCUGCUUUGCUGGAUGUUUACCACAGUCCAGUCUACAGAGGGUUUGGGAUAAAGUCAUCAGCGGCUCCUGUAAGAUCCUGGUGUUUGUUGCCAUGGAGAUUCUGCUCAGCUAUAAGAUCAUGCUGAUGGGAAUGAGUGACGCUGGUGGAGUUUACAACUUCCUGUCUAAUAUGCCGCAGGAGAACACAGACGCCAUCGUCACUAAAGCCAUCGAUCUGUGGCACAAACACUGCGGGACGCCCAUGCACUCCGUAUAAUUCAGCAUUUCUGGGAGGUAGACGACAGGAACGUCAGCUGUGAGUGUGCUCGCUCUUUAUUAGGUUGGUUUACACGAGAAUCUGCAUCACACAUCGUUCAGGAGUGACAGUACGGUCUCUUCCUGCGCUCUCUGAGCCAAUAGAAGCAGCGGAAGAGAGAAACGCCAACGACUGGAAACAGAAACACAUCAAUCAUUCAAAACAUGACGACGUCUGCUCUCCUGUGUGUGUGUGUGUGUGUGGUCACCGAUCGGUUUUACAACCCUCGUGUCGUUCCACACCUGUAUGAGUUCAUAUAGGAUCAUGAAAAGUGCUUUAAUGAGCCACAGAAAAAGUCUGGAACCAAUGAAGGUGGAUAAAUAAAGGCAGAAAUAUAUACAUAAA